AUGUGUUUGAGGUUCGCAGAAAAAGGUCAAUUCACUGCCGCAUCAGUAUCUCGAUCACGAAUUCGUGCAGCCCGAACCCGGAGUGUCCUGAUGUUUGGGGUUUCUGCUUAUUCGGCCAAUAUCGUGAUCUUUGACAUCGACCAGAUAAAAGGUGUGCCGAAGAUUAACAUCUACUUCUUCGAGCAAAAUCGUGAUUCAAGCUCAUGCGUUGCCAACCAAAGUGAAUUUAGGAAGUUGCAAGCGGCUUAA